AUGUCGUCGACCUCGGCUUUGGGCGCCUCGAGGCGUGCCUCGACCUCAAGCGACCAUUUCCAGAUUCCUUCAUAUCCUCAAUCCCGCAAUGUCGAAUCAGCGCCGCUGCCUUCGAGCGAUACUGCAUCUCUAGCCGAACGCAAACCCGACGCGAAAAGGUCCUACCCCACAUUCCUCAAAGGUGCUCGUCGUCUCCAAUCGCAGCGGCCCGACACGACCAGCACCACCGCUUCCUUCGCCUCAGCCAAUGGCGACGCCUCUACAACUACACCGCUAGCGACCGCAUCCAGCUCUCGUACCAACUCACCCAGGAAGCAGGCUGCUCCUGCCCGCAUCGGCAGAGAUUUUGAAGCUCUGCUCGCUUCCGAUGAGACCUACGUCCUCAGAGACAAGGCAAAGAUUGCAUUGGACGCCGAGGAAACGCAGGAUCCCGCGGCACAGCUGCUACCGUCGAGCUCUGUUUCGAGCGCCAAAAGGGUCAUUGUCGAGCGACGACAACAGCAAGCUUCGUCAUCCUCUUUGAAUUCCGACCUAGACGAAACGAACGACGAUCCGGUCGAUAGUACGCCUCAACCGCUACAAACCGACGUCUUCAGGUCACCUCAGAAGAAGUCUCAAUCCUCCGCCUCCUCUGCCACGCUCCCACCUUCUGCCUCUUCGUCGCGCGCAGCCUUCGGCAGAGGAUCGCAGCCACCUGCUUCGCCCGACAGGACCACCUCACUUCAACGUCAUACCUCUCCUUCUCCCAAAGCCUCUUCCCCUGCGCCCAAAACCAUGCAGAGCUUCAUUCUUCAGCCCGCCUCUGAGCAAGGACACGGUACGGUCCGAUCCCGCCCACGCCUCGGUGCCAGCGUCGGACUCGAGCAAGAGAUCGACUCCGCCUCCGGCCAGGAACACAACGCCACAGACCCAUCUGCCUCCAUGGGCUCGUUCCGUCAACGCAUGAAAAAGACCAGUGGCUUUCUGCGCAGGCUGCGCAAGGAUAUUCCGCCGAGCUCCAAAGCAAGUGCUUUCAGCUCCUCGAGCAACGCUUACUCGGUGGGCUCGAACGCCUCGGUUGCGUCUCUGGGUCGAAGUGCCACGAGCGAUCCGGCUGCUGACCCUCUCACCUUUAGACGAAGAGGGAGCAAGGCUAGUGUUUCCAGCAUUGGUGCCUCAUCGACCACUGGCAGUGCCUCGAAGGGGCAGCACUUUGCCUCGACCGACGGCAUUGCGGUCCCGAGCAUUCCGGAACGCUUCACGCAGCCUUCCACAAGCUCUACUUCUCACGUUCUGUCGGAUGCCGACGCUGUCGAAAGCAUUGUCUCUGCGCGUGGUGGCGCAGCUUCUGGUGAGUCGCAGCAGCUUGCAUUGCAGAGCAAGCCCGGUCUUCGAGUUCCCUCCGCGCCUGUCACCUCGACGGAAUUCGGCCAAAGCACCAAGUUCGCUUUGCCUCAACGUUCGAGCUCGCAGGGACACGAGCACGAACGAGACAAGUCACUUGGAACGACCGAUUCUUCUGGCGCUAUUCGAUUGGCAGUCCAGCAGCUGUCGUCUCACAUGGACGAUGCUUGGAAGGACGCACCGGCGCAGGACGUCAAAGUAGCUGGAGCAAGGGAUGCAACGACACCCAAACGAUCGUGGGGCCCUUCGCCUCAGCUGCCGGAUCUCGACAUCCAACAUGACAAGCAAAGAUCGGGAAGCUUUCUGGAGGAGCCAGAGCUCAUUUCAGACCGUGGAUUCGACGAUGUGCAAGAUACAGCGUCCCGAACUGUCCGCUCCGUCAGUGCAUCGUCGGACGCAGAUAUCGGUAAGAGGUUGAAUGGGGUUGACGACAGCAAGCACGCGACCGGACUAGGCAUCAUCAGCACGAGCUCCGCUGCAAACAUGCGCAAGAAAUCCGGCACCGCCCAACACGGUGAGGACGCGGACGGGUCGACGGCGAACGGCCCGAGCGAGGAUCAGAACCGGCAGCCGCUCAUGGAGCUCACACCUCUCAGACCAACCGAAUCAUCCAGAAAAUCCGUCGAGCCGAGCCCGCAGUCCGCUGGACACUCUCCACACUUGCCGAAUUCGGCACGCAGCAGCCGUCGUAAUUCCAUCGAUGCGGCUGCUGAGAAUGCGCGACGUCGAACCAUGGAUUCCGGCGCGAGCCUCGUCAGCGUCCGGUCCUUCGAGACGGCAGCCGAAAGCGCGGGCCCGGGCAGUGCAGACGCGAAGGUCGCUGCGUUCAAUAUGGCUACCCCCAACUCGACGCAAAGUCCGUCACCGAUGGCUCAACGAGAUGCUGCUAAGCCUGUUGCUGGCUCGACUGCUGCAUCACCUAGAUCAGUGUCAAACCAGAUAGAAGUUGCGAACGGAAGCGCCCAUACGAGCGGUGCAAGCGGAAGGGAGACAGACGUGGAGGAUGCAGAACAAAGCAUCCGACUAGUGUCCAAACGCUCCAACACCGACGACAUCAACCUUGCCUCUGACAGCGCAACCACCAUUGUCACCGCUCCCAAAUCACCGGAGAUGGACGUGCCAGCACUUCCGAAGCUAUCGGAGCUAUCUGAGUCGUCGCCACUGCGGCCUGGGCGCAAUGGCAGUCUGAGUCGCGGGGGCUCAUCGACCGGAUUGCUGUCCACCGUAUCUGUACACAGGAGUUCUUCUCCAGUCUCGUCACUGACUUCUGCUAGGACGAGUUUCGACCAUGCUGCAGUCGCACGGGCUGCAGCGACAGCUGAUGCCGGUGCACCACCUUCUAUCACGGCCUCGGCGCAAGAGCUGGCGACUAAGUGCUGGGAAGAGGACCCGAGCUUCUUGAAACGGGAAAAGAUCGCAGAGUGGCUUGGUGGGCUGGGGUUGGUCAAUAAGUCAGCAAGAACUUUCUACUUUGCCAGGUUUGAUUUCGGCGGAUUGCGAUUGGAUAUGGCUUUCCGAAAGCUAUGCGACAAGCUAUUCUUGCGCGCUGAGACGCAACAGAUUGAUCGCAUCUUGGCUGCUUUCUCACAGAGGUACUACGAGUGUAACCCAGACUCAGUAUUCGGGAGUGCUGACGUGGUUCAUUCCGUCGUCUUCAGUAUUCUGCUGCUCAACACGGAUCUGCACAUCGCCGAGCUGCAGGAGAGGAUGACGAGGCAGCAAUUCGUACGCAAUACAUUGGGAGCGAUCGCCGAGACUGGGACAGAGGGUCAAAUUAUGGAAGACGAGAGGAGCAGUCUCAGCGUCGCGCAUGCCGACGAUCGCAGUGCGGAUGCUCAACCGUCAACAGCGGGACGAAGGAACAGCAUCAGUAGCUAUCUCGGAAGCAAAUCGAAGCAGACGAGCACGACCAACUUGGAAGCAUCCGUGGAGGCGGCAGAAGCUUCGAGGCCUGGUUCGGCCGCUAGUGGAGCCAAGGGGAAGGAGGCCGAGAUCGAGACGUUGCUGAAGGACAUCUACGCAGCGGUGAAGUCGGAGCGUAUUUUGCUGCCUACUCCCGAGUCAGGCGCGGGGACGAGCGCUGCAGGUAGACCGUCCGGAACAUUCAGUCCGGCACUUGGCGGCGGAAGACGGAAGAUGGGGACUGAUCGGGUGACUGCUCUCAAGCGUGGAUCGAUACGAGGCAUUCAGGGACUGCUAGGCGGAUCGAAUGGGUUGGACGGAUCCCUAAGUCCGAACCCUUCUCGUACCUCGAUAGAUUCGUGGGGUCGAUCCUCAACCACCGCUGAGCGCGAUCGAAUGCUUUCACCGCUUCCCAGCAUCACCCCUGGUUUUGCAAGCACCCUUUCACACACCAUCAUCAAGGAGUCUCAAGAAGAAGAACACAUCACGACACCGAGCUCUACAAAGAAAGAACUGCCGAUAGACGAAGAAGACGAUGACGACCAGCUGGCACUCGCUGGACCGCCGUGGGCGAAGGAAGGCUCUCUCACGCGCAAGUACUAUUGGGAGAGCACGAACAAACGUGCCAAGGACAAGAAUUGGAUCGAAGUCUUUGUCGUAGUCUCGAAAGGAACCUUGUCGAUGUUUCGGUUCGAUCUGCCUAGCGGUGGUGCCAAGAAACACAACGAAGCCUCUGGUGCUGCAGCUUUAGGUGGAGGGAAUUGGCUCUCUUCAGCAACGUGCCUCGGAGAGAUUUCGCUGGCUCACUCGCUGGCGAAUGCACUACCUCCACCAGGUUACAACAAGACUCGGCCCUAUGUCUUCGCCUUGACUCUACCUGGCGGGAAAGUGUACCUCUUCCAAACGGGACACGAAGAGUUGGUGAACGAGUGGGUUUCCACGUGCAACUACUGGGCUGGUCGAGUGUCCAAAGAGCCUCUUGCGGGUGGAGUCAGCAAUAUGGAGUAUGGGUGGAACAAAGUGUUACCUCGAGAGGAGGAGGAGUGGGAGGAGGAACUAGAUAGUUUCUCCGCCGCUACUGGAAGUGGUGUUGACGCAGACCCGCGAGGUUUUACGCAGUCUCUGAUGGACAGUCAAAGCGUUCGAUCCAAAUUCUCACCAGCGCCCUCAACCACCGCUUCCGUAUCGACGUCCUCCAAACUCGGGUACAUGACAAACGAACGCACAUUCAUCAACGAAUGGCGCAUCCCCGAACUUCCCACCCUCCCCUCCACCCUCGGAGAAGAACGUCAACUCUCCAGACUCGAAAAACAAGUCUCCUCCAUCGAACUCCAACUCACCCAGCACAACGACCUCCGACAACCCAUGCUGCAACUCUACUCCCCCAAAGGCAACAACCAUGCCAAAGCCCUCGCCAAUUGGGAGCGCAAGAGCAACUGGCUACUGCAAGAGUUGGUCAAGUACCAGAGCUACGUCGAGAGUCUGAGGAAGAGUGCGGAUGCCAAGGCCGAGAGGAGGGGCAAGAGGGAGGUCGAGGAGAUGGUGAGGGCGGGAGAUGAGAUGUUGGCCGAAUUGGAGGUUUGA